AAUCGGAACGGAGGGGAAGCGCGUGAGGCGCGCGGGCCCGCGUGCCGAGCCGCCUAUAAAGGGGAAGGGGGGGGCAGGAGCGCGGCUCACUCGCCCCCGGCGCAGAGAAGACGUUGGAGCUUCGUUACGCCAUGAAGACCAAGUUCUGUAACGGCGAGAGCGACCCCUCCCCGCUCGGGCUCCUCCUGGGCUGCGGCCCCGGCCCCGCCGCCGGGCAGCCGCCCUCGCCGCUGCCCCACGCCGACCCCGAGGGGAAGGGCCCCGUGCCGCCGCCGCCCGCCGAGGAGCCGCCGCUCGACCCCCGCACGCGGCGCAGGGCGUAUCUGUGGUGCAAGGAGUUCCUGCCCGGCGCCUGGCGCGGGCUGCGGGAGGAACAGCUGCGCAUCAGCCCCAUCAGAGGUGGCCUUAGCAACAUGCUGUUUCAGUGCUCACUGCCUGAUACCAUUGAGAUUGUUGCAGAUGAACCACGGAAAGUUCUCCUGCGCUUAUAUGGUGCAUCCUGCAGAUGUGGGAGAUCCUGUAAUAAGGGAGAGUCUGUACAGUCUAAGAAUGAAAAUGACUUGCAAGGGGCAGAAGCCAUGGUUCUGGAAAGUGUUAUGUUUGCCAUUCUUGCAGAGAGAGCUCUUGGCCCAAAGCUGUAUGGUAUCUUUCCACAAGGGCGAUUGGAGGAAUUCAUUCCUAGCAGGAAACUAAGUACUGAAGAACUAAGCUUCCCUGAUAUAUCUGCUGAAAUAGCUGAGAAGAUGGCUAGAUUUCAUGGCAUGAAAAUGCCAUUUAAUAAAGAACCUAAGUGGCUUUUUGGAACAAUGGAAAAAUACCUAAAUCAAGUGCUGAGGAUUAAAUUUACCAGAGAAUCCAAAACUAGAAGACUGAACCAACUCCUCAGUUACAAUCUCCCCCAGGAAAUGAAAAAUCUAAGAGCUAUGCUUGAAGCUACUCCAUCACCGGUUGUAUUUUGCCACAAUGACUGUCAAGAAGGUAAUAUCUUGCUUUUGGAAGGCAGAGAGAAUUCGGAAAACCAAAAGCUGAUGCUCAUUGACUUUGAAUACAGCAGCUAUAAUUAUCGAGGAUUUGACAUUGGAAAUCACUUCUGUGAAUGGAUGUAUGAUUAUACUUAUGAGAAGUACCCAUUCUUCAAAGCUAGUGUUCUUAAAUAUCCUUCAAAGAAGCAACAGCUUCAUUUUAUCUCCAGUUACCUGUCUGCAUUCCAUGAGGGCUAUGAAAAACUAAGCAAUGAAGAGAAGUCCAAACUAGAAGAAGAAGUGUUGCUAGAAGUUAACAGGUUCGCCCUUGCAUCACACUUCUUCUGGGGUCUGUGGUCUAUUAUACAAGCAAAAAUCUCAUCCAUUGAGUUUGGCUACCUGGAAUAUGCAUUAUCCAGAUUUGAUGCGUACUUUGAUCAGAAGAGGAAACUGAAGGUGUGAAUGUGAGAUGUCACCUGUUGGUUACUGUACAAAGAGGGCAGCUGGACAGAUUUUACACUGUGCUUAGUCUACUGUAUCUCUAAUGAAGUUGUCACUGAAUUCCAGUUCCUUGGAACACUGGUGGUACUAAAUGACUUGUUUACAGUUUCAUAAAUACUUGGAAUGUGAUUGGGAGGCAAAAAUAAAAUACAGCAGUGCAAUAUCUUUAUCUAAUAUCAAAAUCUUCUUUAUCUAGAAGGUAUUUUGUCUUAUUGGAGAAGCUUACAACAUGUCAGUACCGCAUGCAUCAGUGCAAACAGUGUUACUGUGAUUACGUUUUCUAGGGAGAUGUUUGCAUUAUGGUUUAUAUUGUAAGCGAAACAGUUAUAAAAGAUGUUUUGUUGUAAAAAUUGCCUCUGAAUGAAAAAGAAAAGCAAAGCGGGCAACUGUUAAACUGAAAUAGGCUUAAAAUCUUACUGUGAGAUUAGGUUCAAUGUGCCCCAUAAACACUAUCUUCAAAGCUCCUGAUAUGUUACACCACUUUAACCAUAAAGCAACUAAACACACUGAAGUCCUAUGCUUUAAAGUGUUAUCUACAUGUACAGGAAUGUUUCUCUUAAGCUGGUGUGCCUGUGAAGUGAAGUACAAAUGAACUUUGAACUGGAUGUUCUGAAGGAGUUUGUCUUGAACUGUUUAUUCCACAUCCUUCAAGAACAUGCUUUAGCCCAGCCUGAUUGUCUGUUAAAAUAACUGCAUCCUGCACAGGGGGGUUCUGUGGGCUGGCAGCACUGGAAAGAGUGCCUUGAAUUACUCUAGCAACUCACUGGAUAACUGGAUUGACGUUGACAAUACUUGUAAUUGAAGCUCAUCUCUCUCCUUGUGUUGCCACAGUGUAUGGCUGUAAGAAAUAGUAGAGUGAAAGACUGUGGAGAACACUUCAGGAAAUUGCUGUUCUGCCCAUCCAAUGCUUAUGUGGCUUGCAAGAUGCUUUUCUUGCACCUUCAGUUUUCAUCAUGUUCCAACAAUCCAGUAAAGUGGAAUGUCUCAUGGGGAACAAUAACAUGUAUAUUGAAAUUUGAGUAUAGUCUGUGUACAUGUCAUUUAAAGAUUUUUGGGAACUUGUUUAUUUUGAAUGUUACUUGUUUGUGCUUUCUAACACAUUGUAUUAUAAAUAAUAAACUUCUAAAUCUACCCUUUUUUACUUGUAUAGCAAAUACUGUUUCAAGCAGCUGAAAAAAUGUGCAGCAUUUCAUGUACUGUAUGGCAUAAUUUGUAAAAGCUGACAUUUUAUUCUCUAGUAUAGAGAAUUGUUUCCCAUAUACAAUUAUUAAUACUUUAUAAUAAAUAUAAAGCACUUAAGAAUA